GUGCAGAGCAGUGCGUGAACGAGCAGCCAUUGUUGUUUGCGGGUCCGAGAACAGAGGGGCUACAAGAUUCACCAUUCUCAUGUUUGUGACUUUCAUGUUGGUAUAACACCAAUGUGAGCAAACUGAGAUUAGAAAUCCAAGUACACACAGUUUAAGACCAACAAGACAGGAGCAAUGAACUACCACCACAGUCACACUGGAAGUAUACCUCCAGGUAGCAGCUUCCCCUCCUCCAGUGACAAGCCUGGUCUUUACACCGCUGGGGGGUUCACUACAAGCCCCUACCCCCCAUCACAACCUGGCCUGCCUCCCGGGGCCCAGACCCAGCGCUACCAGUCUGUCACUCAGGCCUAUGCAAUGGCAGCCAAUCCGGCCUACUACACUCCACCAACAGGCUACUCCACUCUAUCGGCCACAGGCUACCCAUCGGCCACUGUAGGGACAGGGGCCUUUCACACCGUAGGCUACCCAUCACUUCAGUCUCUCCCCUCAACCACGCCCGCAGGCUACCCCACCCAGUACCCGAUGCCAACAUACCUCGGGGGCAGCCAACUUGGAGCCACUACAGUGCCCAGCUACGCAGCGUCUGCACUUCCAGUCACCAGCGCCAUCUACCCAAGCAGCGCCUACACGAGCACGCCCAUUGUGGCCAGCCAGAUCCAGCCUCGGGGGUACUCUGUGUCGCCCAUGGGUUACCCAAGUCAGUUGGGAACAAACCCAACCUACCCUGGUGCUUCGUAUCAGUCUCAACCGCCGUUUUAGUCGGGAUGGGGGCACUCACGACGACGGUUUUCAAUAGGACUCAAAUCUUUAUAGCGAGUCAUGACAAACUUAGACGUGCAGAAUGCAUCGGAGUUUUAUGUAUAAACAAGGCCACUUUUGGCCAGGCGUUCUUUUCCCAAACACAGACAGUUUUAUGCAGCAGCACUUGUUACAAUGCUUGAAGGGUGUUAUGCAGAUGGACUGUGUUUUAAAUCACUUGGUGAUUUCCUCUACUCUAAAGCCAGUUUCAGUCAAGGCAACAGCAAUGCUGUGUUAAUUGGGGUACAAAAAACGUGAGCUUGUUCCAUUCUGUUGCAUAAUUUAUAUAUCCAUCCUGGUGCCUACAAGCCAGGCUAAGUAGUAGGGGAUGUAUAUAUAUUUUUCUACUGUUUUGUUUUACCAGAAAGAUCUGAAGUUUUUAGGAAAUUUAGUUUACCACUUUAUUUUUACUUUACUAGAUGAUUAUUUCGAAAAGCUUUUUGUGAGAAUCCCAUAUUCUGUACUUUAUAAUUUAUAACAGUCAUAUUGUGAAAAGUAUCUUUGAUCAAAUAAACAAAUGAAGCUUUU